AUGUCUUCGCAGCAUCAUCGCCUGUACCAUCGCACCCUCUGCACUUACCUUCGACCAGCCACGUACGAAACGCCUUCUUCGUCCGGAAAGAAGGUUACAAUAAGCCAAUAUCGUGGUAUCCCUUUUGGCAAGAUCUCCGCGCGAUUCGAACCCAGCAACUUCCUGGACUCCUACGACGUCAAGGAGUUGGACUGUACCAAGUUCGGACCUCGUUGCCCCCAGAAUAAGGUCGACGUCGGCGAAUUGCUUCGAGUUCCAAAAGUCAAUGGGCGACUUGACCUCGGUGCAGACGAAGAUGAGGACGAAUUACGCUGUUUGAAUCUAGUGGUGACGGUGCCAGAUGGCGUGAAGCCGGGAGAUUGUGUGCCUGUUAUGGUUUGGAUUCACGGAGGGGGCCUCAUGGUCACCUAUGCGAGUGUCCAGUCCGGUAUUUGCGAUCCCUCGUUGCUCGUUGCCGACUCCGCUCGACUAGGAAAGCCUAUCAUCGUUGUCUCAAUCAACUACCGGCUCAACAUCUUCGGCUUCGGCGACCUGUCAGAUAAUUCCUACAAUCUCGGACUGGAAGAUCAAGCUCUGGCAAUUAACUGGAUCUCAAAGCACAUUGGUGGCUUCGGCGGGGAUCCCAACCAGGUAACACUUGCAGGCGAGAGUGCGGGCGCUUUCUGUGUGCACGCUUUGUCUAUCCUAGGCGUGCCUAUCAGACGAGCCAUAUUACAGUCAGGCACCCUUUAUACGUCUCCGCCGCAACCUUUCUCACUUGGAAAGAGUGUUAUCGAGCAGCUUGAAAAGCGCGUUCGAGACAAAACGGGCCUAAGCUUGCGCCGAGCACCUAUUAGCUCGUUACUAACAGAGGUGCAAACGAUCCAACCAAGAUGGAACCAUGCUGGACCUAUUUUAAGAGACUGGAUUAACAAAGAAGAGCGUAUCGAAGCUCUCCUUAUUGGCGAUUGCCAAAAUGAUGGUAUUAUCUGGCGAAAAGGUAUCGAGGCUUGUGGUGCCACCGAGAUAGUCUCGGCUUUCGAUGCUUGUCCACGAGGACAAGAUCUGAUGGAAGCAUAUAAUAUUCAUCCUGAUCGACUUUCCACGGCCAGGUUAGGUGCGCUGGACUUUUUGACGGAUGUUAGAUUUGCAUGGGGGAUAGACGAAAUCUGUGUAAGAUGGGUGAAAAGGGGUCGCUCCGUGUAUCGGUAUUUCAUGGACGAGCCGAACCCGUGGCAGGCAUCUGUUGGAGCGACUCAUGCCGUUGACCUCGUAUUCCUAUUUGGAGGACAAAAUCUCAAGUUUCGGCCAUCGGCUGAAAAGGUCGGUGAAGAGAUGCGAUCUAGGUGGAUCACAUUCAUCAACGGUAAAUCACCUUGGGCUAGUGUUGGUGGAACCGAGGUUCAAGCUAUACAUACGAACGAGUUGAGAGAUGAAGGAGGAGCGGAUAGUGGGCCCGUGUUCGCGUUUGGUCCAUUUGGACGGUGCGAACUACUUCAGGGGUCUGAGGUAGAGCUCCGUCGGCGACGGAUACAGUGGAAGCUGCUAAGAGAGAUAGGCUUUGAUGCGAUAAAUGCCGUGGCAACAAGAUUAGGAAGCGGCAGAAGCGGAUUAGAUAAUUAA